AUGUCAUCCGGCUUCGGCUUGAACGGAGGUCCGGGACGGUGCUUUCCCUUCUGGCAGGAGGUUCUCGCCUGCUAUGUCGUCAACUCGUCCGGCGAAGACAGCACCGGCCGCAAGAAGUGCUCUCCGCUGCUUGAGGACUACUACGAGUGCAUGCACCACAAGAAGGAGGCCGCACGUGUAAGGACCCUGCAGCUGGCGCUCCGGAAAGCCGAGGCUGCCACUCCGCGAGACGCCGCACCAAAUGCUGGCCAGAUACGGAGCCUGGGCCUGCUGGGCAAGGACGAGGACUCGCAGAAGUUCCUAAGCUCGGCAUAG